UAUUAACAGACAAGACAAAGUGUGGUCGCGGUUUUGGGUGUUGUUGUUUGGUUCGCGGUCAAUAUACAAUAUAUUUUCUAUAUAAAAUUAUUAUUUAUUUCGUUUCGUGUAUGGAUUGUGUGUUGCUUUUUUUCUCCUCUGUUGCUUUCAUGUUACACAGCAAAAAGAAAAAAAAAAUGUUUUAAUUCUCAGUUGUUCUUCGAACAGUAACUCUAGUCGUUUUUCCGACAUUGUCGAGUGUGGACAUGUGGAACAGUUAGAGUAGAUUUGCGCUGGUACAAUGUUGAGAAAAAUGAUGAUUUUGUAAAAAUUUUAAAAAUUGGAGUUAAUUUUAUCGAGAAUUUUUUUUUGUAUUGAUCAGUGACUAUUCUAUUAACGAUAAAUUCAAUCAAUCCGAAUUUUACACAUUCAUAAUUGAACUUAAAGAUCAAUCUAAUCCAAAAGUCGGUCUAAAAACUUCCUGAUAGACAAACUGUGUUUUUUCGUGUUAAACAUUUCGAGAACCAAAUUCAACGAAAAUAUUUAUAUUCCUUCGUUCAUAGACAACUUAUAUCCAAUAUCGCGAUCAAACAAAGAAUUUAUUAAAAAAAAAAAACUCCAUCAAGUCGAACGAACAUCUUCUAACAAUAAACCAAGCAAAAUAUUGUGUGUCUCGAUAUCUAAUAGUUCUGGUUCUGAAAAUACCGAGACUCAUGAGUUAAUACAUAGAAAUUAAUUGGAGAAAAAUAUAUAUUCGAAAAGAUCAGUGAUCGACUGGGGGCGCUUCUGUGAGUGUAAGAGUCUGCACAACAUAAAACACGAUCAUCUAUGAGAAAAUCUGUGUCGUGGAUCAUAAAUAUUAUGUUUACAUAUAAACAAGGCGUCUUGAAUGUGAGAAAUAAAUUUAGUGCCAAUAAAUUUAAUUAUACAAUUUUUAUUUAACCGAAAGAACAUCAAAGAAGUUCAUCCACACAACAUACAGCACACACAAAAAAAAAAGAUCGAGAAUUUCUUUAGUUUUUAUUUAGAAUUUUUGCAAUAUAAGAUUUUUCCUUCUUCUUCACUUCGCACAGUUGGGAAUGAUUUUUUCAUUGGAUUCUCCUUCAUAUAAUGAUAAAGAUAAGCUAAUCCACACACAAUGACGACCCGAUGGAAGCAAAAAGCAUCGUCUUUGUUGGCAAUCACUAGUGUGAUAGUGCUAUUAUUGCUGAUAAUAUUUUUAUGGGAAGCUGUAAAAAAUGGUGUUUUUUCUCCAACUAGUACAAAUGUAUUCAACAAAGUUAAUUAUUCGGAAAACAGUGAUAAAAAUCAUUUUAGAAUAGAUUCAUUAGCAUCGAAUUCAUCAACAAUUAAAGAUGAUGUCAAUCAAUCGUCUUCUUCGUCAUCAUCAUCUUCAUACCCGCCAACACCACCAAUUCAACUGCCAACUAUUAAUAAUAAGGACGAUAUUAUAAUGAACGAAUUUGUAAAGCCAUCCAAAAUUCAUAUACAACCGCUGCACAGGGACGAUUUGUUGUACGAAUCGCAGAAAAUCAAUCCAGACUCUACUGGAAAAGUAACAGAUCAUAGAAUAACCGGUCAAUUUAGAAAUAAGUCAAGCCGAAUAUGGGAUCCUCAUCCACAAUAUUUAAUCGACGCAUUUGGUCUUCAUUUACACCUACUUCUUUAUCAAGACGGCAAUUUUAUACCAAAUGACAUGAAGAUCAUUCAUAUGGGCAAAAAUGAAACGAUUCACAAAACGGAAGAAAAUAAAGAUAUUGAACGGCUGCAAGGCUGUUUUUAUCGCGGCCAUGUUAGAGGAGAUGAUCAUUCGGUAGUGACGGUGUCAUUGUGUGAAGGAAUGCGAGGACACAUCAAAACAUCGACUGAAUCAUUCUUCAUUCAACCAGUUGAACAGUACACAGUUGAGAAUCCGAAUAUUUUACAUAAAAUAACGAGAGAACGAAAAAUUGCUGAUCAUCCACUUGGCGAUGAUAUAUUCCAAGGAUCACAAUGUGAUACAUGUAAGGAUAAAGAUUGCCAUCACGAUGACAUGGUCAUUCCUGAUGAGGCAACCGAAUCGACGAAACGUCGUAGAAGAAGUAUUGCAUCUAGUUUAGCAACGAACAGUGCCUAUACCAUGGAGGUAUUGGUCGCUGUUGACAAGAAAAUGAAAGAUUAUCACGGUGAUAAUUUAAAUGCGUAUGUGCUGACACUGAUGUCUAUAGUGUCAAGCAUCUACGCCGAUGCCAGCAUUGGUAAUUCAAUAAAUGUGGCUGUUUCACACAUUAUUUUAUUUAGAGAUAGUUUACAGGACAAGUCAACUAAUACAGGCGUUCCGGCAUCCGAAAUGCUUUCUAGUUUCUGCAAAUCCGUUCAAUUAGAUAGUUUACAUUAUGAUACUGCACUGCUAUUGACAAGAGAACAAAUAUGUCGAAGUGCCAACGAGCAAAAAUGUGAUACAUUGGGUCUAGCUGAAUUAAAUACAAUGUGCAAACGAGCAUCUUGUGCUGUUGUACAGGACAAUGGAUUAUCGGCAGCAUUUACCAUUGCCCAUGAAUUGGGACACGUUUUAAGUAUGCCCCACGAUGAUGAUACAAAAUGUGCCGAAUUUCGUAAGCCGGGAAAAACUCAACAGAACAUCAUGUCGAGAAUGCUGGAUCAUAAUACGCAUCCGUGGUCAUGGUCAGAUUGCUCCAGACAUUAUGUAACCGAGUUUUUAGAAAACAACAAUGGCUUUUGCAUGCUAGACAAACCGAAAAAAGAUAUGAUUGAAGUGGCAAGUAGACGAUUAGCCGGUGAGAAAUUUAGUGCCGAUGAACAGUGCAAACUGGUGUUCGGUCCCGAAUCGAGGGUGUGUUCGUACAUGCCAACAUGCGCUAGACUAUGGUGUGGCAGUGACGACGAUGCUGAGGGUUGUCGAACGCAGCACAUGCCAUGGGCUGAUGGAACUGAAUGCGGUCACGAUCAUUGGUGCCAAAGGGGUAAAUGUGUACAUCGGAACAGGCAUGCAAUUCAGAAAGUUGAUGGAGGAUGGGGUCCGUUUACUCAUUUCGACACAUGCAGUCGUACUUGUGGCGGUGGCAUACAGUCUGCAACACGUGAAUGCAAUUCACCGGUACCGGCAAACGGUGGCAAAUAUUGUAUCGGAAAUCGCAUCAAAUACAAGUCGUGCAAUACGCAAGAAUGUUCACCGGAUGCGGUCGAUUUUCGUGGUGAACAGUGUGCCAAUUUUAACAAUAAAAAUUAUGGCAUCACUGGCAUCGUUGAAAAUGAUACGUGGAUCCCGAAAUAUGGAGUUCUACCGGGAGACGAAUGUAAACUGUAUUGCAGGGUGGAGAAGACCAGCAAUUAUUUUCUAUUGAAAGAUAAGGUUGUUGAUGGAACAUCGUGCACCCACGACAGUUUUCAUAAAUGCGUUAAUGGUGUUUGUCGCGUUGCUGGAUGUGAUAACGAGCUUUCGUCUAAUGCAACUUUAGAUAAAUGCGGUGUCUGUGCCGGCAACAAUAACACAUGCAUCGAUAUCCACGGAACAUUCAAUUCGAACCAAUUGAAAAGGGGCAGUCGUCCAUACUACUACUAUGUAACAACCAUACCAAAGGGUGCAUCGAAUAUUGAAAUUAUCCAACCCGGCUACCAGGACGAUUUGAAUUAUAUUGCGUUGAGCGAUGAGAAAGGCAACUAUACGCUGAACGGAAACAACGUAAUCACCCAGUAUCCGCGAGUGUUUGCUUACGGAGGCGUAACAUUCGAAUAUACCGGUACUAAUACGACAAUGGAGAGGGUUAACUCAAGCUUUGCGCGGAGAAUCAAAUUCGACUUGACCGUUGAAAUAUUUUCGAGGCAAGAGAACCACUACCCCGAUUCGAAUCUGAUUCUGUAUUCGUAUACUCAAUCUUUGAACGAACCGUCGUCGCAAUUCCAUCCGUAUUAUGUGUGGAAAAUGAGUGACUGGAGCGAAUGCGAUCAAAUCUGCAAUGGGAAAAGAUUCCGAUCGGGUAUUUGCAUCCAAUCGGACAAUGAGAAGGUCAUUUCACCAAAUAAUUGUCUUCCGUCGAAAAAACCAAAAAUUGAGUUCGAACACUGCAACAACCAUUGCGAGAUUGACUGGGAGGUGACACGAUCCGAAUGCUCAGCCGCAUGUGGAGCUGGCGAACGGAUUCUAAAUCAUAGAUGCGUUCAGCGGCGCGUUGAAAACAAUCAAACAAUGAUUAUCGAUGACUCGUAUUGUCAACCAACCGCGAAACCAGUCGUAUACGAGAGCUGCACUGGACCGUGCAAGAAUGCUCGAUGGGCGUAUGAUGAAUGGGGACAGUGUUCAUUGUCGUGUAACGGAGGAAUUCAGAGACGUAACAUCCACUGCUUGUCAGAUUCGAAUGGCAUCAAAAUAAGCGAAAAUUACUGUGCUCACAUGGCUAGGGAUAUUUUGGAACGAACUUGCAACAAUGAAGAUUGUCCCACUUGGUCAUAUACCGCUGACGCACCGUUACCACCAGCCGUUGUUCCAGUAUUAAAUGCGGCCGAAAUAUUACCGACCACAUUGAACAACAACGUUUAUGAUGAAGUCUAUCCAACAUCUCCAUCUCCAUAUCCGGUGGAUCGUCGAACAGAGGGAAGGAAAAUUGCAAGUCAUAUUCCAGUCCAAAGCACCAGAAUAAAAUGGCAAACCAGCCGAUGGGGUCCUUGUUCCGUAACAUGUGGUACGGGCCAAAUGAUGCGCAGUGUAAAAUGUUGGGAUUCCGUUACACAGUUGGAAAUCGACGAUCAAUAUUGUGCGGAAGAGAAACCGACCAAUGUAUCGAUAUGUAAGCAUCCGGCCUGUCCCGAAUGGAGCAUUGGUCGUUGGGACGAUUGUAAAUCUGAUUGCACGAAAUCUCGCCAAGUAACAUGUCAAUAUCACAAUGGUGAAGUUGACGAACGGCUCUGUUCUGCCGAUACAAAACCGAAAACUGUUGGCAUGUGCUGCAAAUUUAAAUGGCGCUUAAAAUGGUCACCUUGUUCAACGUCUUGCGGCACCGGCAUCCAAAAGAGGAAUCGUUUCUGUGUGCGCACACAAGUAAAAAGUAGUAAAAGUCGAACGCCACGACGUAAAGGUGAAAUCGUAGAUAAUGUCUACUGCCAGAAUAUAACCGUUCCUCUUCUGUCUCCACAACGAAAAUAUUGCUUUAGAAGAAAUUGUAAUCCACCCAAAUGGGUUGCGUUUCCCUGGUCGAGGUGUUCGGUCGGUUGUGGCCACGGCUAUGCAUCUAGGGAGGUGAAAUGCAUGUCAGGAAAGGAGAUUUUAGUCGAUCAAAAGUGCAGCAAACUGGUGAAACCGAUAAAAACGAAACAUUGUGACGGCAAAACGGAAUGCAAAUGGAAACCGGAGGAGUGGAAGAGCUGCACCUGUGCCGGUUACACCAAGCGAAGAGUGUUAUGCUACGAUACGAGAUUGAACAAGCAAUCGUAUAGUUGUGCCGAUCAUGAGAAGCCACCUACAAAGAAGGCAUGCACUCCACCGCCGAAUUGUUCGUGCAAAGGGCUACACUCACGGGGCAUAUAUAAGGACGGUGAAUACGAGCUAAUUGUGCGUGGACGAAAUGUGUCGAUAUAUUGCCAUAACAUGAAUACGUCCACUCCAUUAGAGUAUAUAAGUUUGAAUCGGGACCAAAACUACGCAUCAUACUACGAAUACCGUUCGGAGAACAGUAACGCAUGCGUCCAGAGAAAGCAUCAUGAUUGGCCGGACGAUACGAUUCCAUCCGGCACCACUUACUUCUCGAAAGUACGAUUGAGCUUACGUUCGCUGCAGAUCAUCGACGAUGAUCUGCAAUUUGCUGUAACAACGGGUCGACGAUCGCAAACCUUUGGUUCGGCCGGCGACUGUUACAGCACAGUGCCAUGUCCGCAGGGACGAUUUUCAAUAAAUUUCGAAAGAACGAAAUUUCGCAUUAGACCGAAAACGGAAUGGGAGACAAGAGGACAGAAUGCCACCAUUUUGUAUCAUGCCAAAUUGGAGCCACCUUAUCAGAAGGUAAUUGCUCGAUGUGGUGGAUACUGUGGUAGUUGUUUCCCAUCGAAAAGCACAACCAUUCAAUUAGAAAUAAUUUGAUUUAAAAUCAACAUAAAAGAAACGGAAUUUUCAAUUAAUUGAAAUCCAAUUAACUCAAUCGAUGUUUAGAAUAACAACGUUAUUGAUUGUAUUGAACCACCUUUCAAUUUCAAACAAAAAAUCACUUUGCAUCUUCGCUAUUAUUACAUAUAAAACACUGUGCAUCCAUGUAUGGCUAUAUUUUAUUUUAACUCAUCCAUCCCCCGAUGUUCAGUUUAGUGAAUUGCAUUUAAAUAAUUUUUAAAAUUUUCAUUUUUUUUUUAAAUUGAAAAAUUAGAUCUCUGCUGCCAUAUACUUAAACAACUUAUCUCUACGUAAAAAUAAAAAUUAAAGUUUUUUUUUCUAAAUAAAUAAAUUUGUUCGAAUGACUUUGAUCGGCUACCAAUCCAUAUUUCCAUAAAGGGAACAAUUGUCCGAACUUCAAAGCAAACAGUUUAAUGGGAUUUAUGCAUAGCUAAGACGGUGAUUCAGUUGCUCGAUGGCAACUGAUCGAAUUCAGAGUUUGCCCUAAAUCCAAACAAAUCCAAUGUAUCGAGGAUUAGAAAAUUAUCGUUUCAUACCGUGCAGUUAGCUGUAGUGUAGGAUGCACAUAUAUCUCUAACUUCAUGUGUCAUUUUUUUCUUGUUUUUCGAAUUUGUUAUCAUCAUUAACGGGAGAGGGAUUGACAAGUUUCGUUGAGUUUGCAAAGAGAAGUAGAUGUAAUGUCAACCAAAUUUGUAUCGAAAUUCGAUUCAGGUGAUAAAACAGCUGGUCCACUCAUACAAAGACACUGAUCAUACGUGCUCAUAUGGGUUUCAUAGUCACACGCACGCGUGGUAGUGAUCGAACCGUUUGAACACGUAUAACGGCAUCUCUUUUCUGCAUUCUAUCUCAAUUCUACUUGAUAGAGCACGGUUAGCCAUUUUUCGAAAGAUGUCACUGCAACAGAAAAAUAAUUAAUUUUUUACUCGACGGAUUUUAGUCAAAUAAAAUGUCAUCGUACAGCACAUGGCCUUGGGAAAUAACCUAUUGCCUUGGGACUCUGGGACAGUAAUCAGUUCCGAAAUCGGUCCUUUAACGGUUUGGCGAUAAGAGCCUUAAACAAGGAUAAGUUGAAAUGAUAUCAAACGCUUUUUCAAACCCGUAUCGCCAAGCCGAUGUAGGACCGAUUGAAAAAACUUAUUAUUGUUCCGGAGUCUUGAGGUCACGCUGGCAUUUUAUGACACCGUGUUUGUGACAGCGGCAUCUUUCCAAAAAUGGUGAGCCGUACUAUAUCACGUAGAAUUGAGAUAGAAUGGAGAAAAGAGAACCUUUUCCGUAAUCACUCUCCUGAUAAAACAAUUUAGAAACAAACUUAUACUGUUACAGACGGCAAGCAUAUGACCAGUAUUAUUGUCGGAUCUAUUACUUCCAUUCGAUUAGAGUAUUUUUAAUCUGUUGAUUUCAAAUCUUGUACUUCAAUUCUUUUAACAUGUGUUUUCCCAUAUAAAAGACUGUAUUACCCAGAGUUUGUCAUUAUUUUUGUCGUCGUUAUCUAUAACAGAUGAAUAGCUGUACGUGCCAGGCUUAACACAGAUUUGGUUGACAACUGUAAAAGAAAUUCAACGAAAUUUCAGAACUAGGCGUCAUUGAACAAAAUGUUCCAAGUAUUAAUGACAUUUUACAUUUUCGAAUUUAAGUAUUUCCGAUAAAAUACGACGGGUCCUUCUCUCAUACAGUCAGUAAAAUUUCAGCAUGAUUUUGCUUCAGCUGUUUUCCAGCUGAUCCACAUAUUCAACCAAAACUGUUGAUACAGUUGAGCUGCUACACGCACGCGCGUGGUAAUGGUAAAACCGUAUAAAGAUUUUUAAACAGUUUCGAUUGUUUGUGUGGAUCAGCUGAAAAACAGCCGAAGCAAAUUCCUACUGGAAUUUUGCUGUCUCUAACUUUUUCAUUGAGAAUCUCUAUUGAUAACAACAUUUGGAACACAACCGACCCGAAAUAGCACCUGAAUGUUGUGUUGAAUUACGUGCAUCCUGCUAGAAAAAUGAAUAGGAUGAAGCUGUAUAGAAGAGCCUAGUAGAAUAAUUUAUUGGCAAGAUACUAAAUUCUUGUUUUAACAAAUUAUAUUUAGUUGUUAGCACAGUUAUGAAGACUAUCUAUUGGCUAUUUGCGUAGCCUAUAGUAUGAGUCGUGAAAAAAGAAAUUCAGAAGGAGAAGAAUGAUUUAAUUGACUAAUCUCAAAUCCGCUUAGCACAAUUCUAAUACAAAUUUUUCAAUUAACCUUAGAAUGUCAGUAUCAAAACAAAAGAAUCAAAAGCUAUUAUUAUACCAACUAUCCCCACUGCCCAGUCCAUUCUCCAAAUAAUUUAGAACCUAGAAAUUUUAGUAUACAUUUUUCUCGCACGUAUUAAAACCGGAUUGAACAAUGCGAUAGUAUUGACACUAUUAUACUCAUCUAGCUAUGCAUCAUGGUCCAAUCAUUUAUAGAAUCAGACUGCCAUGAUAGACGGUUAUUUUUUGUUAAGAGAAGAAGAAGAAAAAAAAAUGAAAAUUAAGUAAAUGAAAAUGAAAAUAAAUUUGAAAAUAGGGUGGACGAUGACCGACUGAUAGUAUAAUUUUAUAUAGAAAAAUCAUUAUACAAGAAAUUUGCCAAUCGUUUAAAAUUAGAAUUAAAUUGUGUAAAAAAGGGAAUUAAUAAUUUAUAACGAUCAAAAAUUUAAUAAAAGAAAAGAUUAGUUCGUGGAUUCGAUUCGAGAUUAUAAAGUUAUUUUUAUACUCAAAAUUAAUUAAAAAGAAAAAAAAAACAAAAUGGAUAAUUAACGAAUGUAAAACGAUGAGGAGUUAGUUAAUUUAAUUAAGUCGAAUAGGAAAAAAUUGAA